UCGAGGUGAAUACAGUUCAGUUGAUAACAGGACAUUGGAUACUGUGGAAAUGUACAGCUAAUUUGUGUUAUAAAUAUUUAUAUUGUUUUAAAUUGUGACUUGUAAUUGUUUAAUUACAAUAAUUUAAUUCAGUCGUAUGUGUUUAUGUCAUCUUAACAAUAAUCAAUAUGAUUAAACUAACAUUAAGCGAAGCAAUGAAGAUCGGAUUUAUCGGAGGCGGCAGAUUAGCGUUCGCGUUGGCUAAUGGCUUCAUAUCUGCAGGUCUGGCGAAACCAGAUGAAAUCUCAGCCAGUUGUCAUCCUUCAGACACGACCAGUGCUGAUGCAUUUAAGGGUUUAGGAGCAACAGCUUUCUUUGAAAAUAAGCCUGUCGUGGAGCGGUCAGAAGUUGUGAUAGUUUCUGUGAAGCCUGACGUCGUGGUACCAGCGCUUCGGGAGAUAAAAGAUUUACCAGCUUCGAAAAACAAACUGUUCAUAUCCGUAGCCAUGGGCGUUUCGACAACUACAAUUGAAAAGACAUUGCCAUCAGAAGCCCGUGUAAUCCGAGUAAUGCCAAACACUCCGGCGCUAGUCAAGGAAGGCGCGGCGGCGCUGAGCCGGGGUUCCAGGGCGACUGCUGACGAUGCCCAACUGACCGCGAAGCUGUUCCGCGCUGUCGGCACCUGUGAUGAAGUGCCAGAGUACCAGAUGGAUGCUGUCACGGCAUUGAGUGGCAGUGGACCAGCUUAUGUAUACAUGCUAAUAGAAUCUCUAGCAGACGGCGGUGUGCGUUGCGGGUUGCCCCGUGAUCUGGCACUGAGACUGGCCGCUCAGACGACACUGGGUGCGGCGGCUAUGCUUCGUACUGGCGGACACCCUGCCGCUAUGAAGGACAACGUCACAAGUCCAGGGGGAUCAACUGCGGAAGGGACAUAUCAUCUUGAACAAAACGGAUUCCGAUCUGCUGUAAUUGGUGCGGUAAUGGCAGCGACAAACAGAUGUAAAGUGGUGAAUCAACAACUCAAUAAUUAGAUUUAAGGAAAGAUUAUUUGUUAAUUAAUAAAACAAGU